CACUUGGUUCGCCCAUCGAUUGAGACCGAUAUUGCGCGUCAAUCGCGCCAUGCCCUCAGUGUCAUCAACAUGGACAAGUGCACCGUCAGUCAAACACAACGCGAGGACCAGCACCAAGCUCGUCAGCUUGUGGAGGAGACAGCAGAAUUCAGGCCCCGAGGCGUACGUGAGAUGCACGGGAGACAGAUUGAGUUUGAGAUUGAGUUUGAGUUUGAGUUUGAGCUUGAGCUUGAGCUUGAGCUUGAGCUUGAGCUUGAGAUUGAGAUUGAGAUUGAGAUUCCAACGCUCCUCGCCUGCCCCUCGCCCGCACUUGAAUCAUCGCUCAUGUUUUUUACACCUCGCGUGGUGCAGGCUAGCCGGGGCAAGAUGUCAGACCUGUUCCGUGUGCAUGCUGUGACUACAUCUGCGCUCUGGGCGGCUUCCUCUCGCGCCGCUCAGUGCGUGUGUGUGUCCGAGCUGGGUCAAACCAGGAUCAUGAGUGUGCGAGACCUGAUCCAUCAGCUGGAUGCAGCCAAGUUGGAGGCUGAUCAGCAACGCCGCGAUCGCCAACGACGCCUCGCCGAGCUGGAGGCUCAAGCGCAGCAAGAGCAGGCGGCCGAAGCCAUGGCUGCAGCGAAAGCUGCUCAACAGGAGCUGGAGCAAGCUCGCGAGCUAGAACGCUCGCGAUGGCACGUCGAUGAAGAUGCCAGCGCCCGUGAAGUGGCGGAAGGCAAGGCCAAACUCCUGGCCAAACUCCAGCACACCCCUCAAAUCAAGGUCGGCAUGGCUGGACAGGAUGCCCCCCGCUACAUCUUUUCCUCUCUCAUUGGCACUGUCGACAACCCUUUGGCUAUGGACUUGGAGAAGCAUGCACACGUCAAACGCGACCGCUACAUCGGGGACACCGUCUGGCCCUACACCGACGUCUUGACCAUUCGACCCCUUAUGGAACGUGGCAUCAUUCGCGGAGAGAAUGAGCUGCGUUGGCUUUUGGACUACAUCUAUAAGGAAGAGCUGGGUUUGACACCGGAGCAGAUCAAGGAGCAACCCGUGUUGGUGACAGAACCCCCCUUCAGCCCCCUCAAGAAUAGGGAGCUGUUGGCGCGAGUGCUGUUUGGUGAAUAUCAGAUUCCGGCCCUCUUUGUCGCCAACACCUCCGCGCUGGCCCUAUAUGCCAGCGGAAAAGUCACCGGCGUUGUCGUUGAGCUGGGACAUAGCUACUCCACCUCGGUAGCCGUCUACGAGGGCUCGGUCCUGCCCAACACCCUCCGGCGCCUCGACAUUGGUGGCCGUGAUCUGGACCACGUCUUGUUCAGUCAACUUCAGGCGCGUGGCUACAACGUCAGUCCUCAGCGCACAUUUGACCAAUUUUUGGUGCGAGACAUCAAGGAACACCAUUGCUUCGUGGCCUAUGACUAUGAAGCCGCACUCAAGGGCUCUCGCGGCGAGAGCAAAGCUAGCGCUUGGGCUCGCAAUCAAGCUGGGCGGGUUGAUUAUGAUGUGACGAGCCAUGGGAACGCUGACCUUCCAGGCUUUGACGAACGCCUUGUGCCAAACGUGCUGACGCUGGAUGAGGAAUUGUUUCGAUGUGGCGAGGCAUUGUUCAACCCGCGUGACAUUCUGGGCCGCACCGACGACCUGAUUGCUGGUAUUCACCAGUACGUCUUCACUCUUUGCAUUUGGGCUUGCAUAUACGCGUACUCACGCCGGGAAAUCAAUCAUCAUAGUAUGGUCUCGCAAACCAUUACAAGCCUGCCCUUGGACCUGAAGCGCGACAUGUUUGCAAACAUCCAUCUGGCCGGCGGCACGAGCCUGUUGCAUGGGCUGGCUGAUCGGCUGCGUAAGGAGCUGCGGGUCAUUGCUCCGCCUUCGAUUGAGAUUGUGGUCCACGACCCUGUGAAUCGGCAUUUCGCCACUUGGACAGGUGGUUCUUUGCUGGCCUCAACUAAGAGCUUCAACCCACAUUGGAUUGCUCGCGAUGAGUAUGAAAGAUAUGGCGUGGAACUUGUCCACGCAACACGGGAUGGUUAA